AUGGCCCCGGAUAAUAUGAUGAAUCCCAACGACGUCACUAUCGACAUCCCCUUGAACCCGGUUCCCAGUCGGAAUCAGACCGGCGCUCGCAAGACAAGUAGCAAUGUGGGAGGCUCGCCGAAUCCGUAUCAACCACACGGCGAUGACAAAGGCAUUGACGGUGAGAAGGAGGGGUUGGUCGCGCCAAACCCUGGCAUGCGCCGACGCAUCGACGAAAGCACUGGACGUUCACUAGAAGACCCCGAGGAUGGCACCGUCACUCGCAUGGGCCGCAUCUACCAGGCCAUCCUGAAUUACUCUGUCCUCACCCGCUACUUCAUCUAUGUGGCCCCGCUCGCAAUUCUACUCGCCAUCCCCAUUAUCGUGGGAGCAACGGUCGCGCAGGACGCGACUAUCGGCGGAGUUACUCUGCCUUGGUUCUGGUUCUGGAUUGAGAUCGUCUGGAUCAGUCUGUGGUUGUGCAAACUGGCAGCCAAACUCUUGCCGUACAUCUUCCAGACCCUUAUCGGAUUUGUGAGUUCAGGAACUCGGAAAUAUGCUCUCAUUCUACGCAAACUGGAAAUGCCAAUUGCAACCGUGCUGUGGUGCGUGGUGUGCUUGGUCACUUUUUUGCCUGUCAUGACACAAAAUCCCCAUCAGAAAGCCAAGGGGGAUACCUCUACCAAAUCCUGGGAGAAGUCUAUCAAGAACAUCCUGUUUGCUCUCUUUGUCUGCAGCUUGAUUUUCCUGGCCGAGAAAACAAUGGUUCAUCUCAUCUCGAUCAGCUACCACCGCAAGCAGUUCGAUGCCCGCAUCAAAGAAUCGAAGCGCAAUGUGUAUCUAGUGGCUCUGUUGUUCGACGCCUCGCGCCACAUGUUCCCCAUGUACUGCAAAGAGUUCCAAGAGGAAGACGCUGCCAUCUCCGACUCCAUUCUUCGCUCCGCCGCCAUCAAGACCCGCACUGGUAGCUCAUCAGCGCCUUUGCGCCUUAUCCGGGGCGUGGGCCAAAAUGUUCACCAGUUCGGUAACAAGGUUACGGCGGCUUUCGGUGACGUGGCACAUGAAUUAACUGGCAAGCAAGUUUUCAACCCCACCUCCACUCGGUCCGUCGUCACCCAGGCUCUGGAACACAGACGGACGUCGGAGGCGCUAGCCCGGAGAAUUUGGAUGUCUUUCGUCAUCGAAGGCCGUGAUGCUCUGUAUUUUGACGAUAUCUGUGAGGUCCUAGGAGCUGGCAUGGAGGCGGAGGCCGAAGAAUGUUUCCACAUGCUGGAUCGCGACGGCAACGGGGACAUCAGCUUGGAGGAGAUGAUCUUGGCCAUCGGGGAAGUCCGCCGGUUGAGAAAGUCCCUGAACAACAGUCUCCACGAUGUUGACCAGGCGAUCCACGUUCUGGACAACCUCUUGCUGACCGUGGCGGGCAUCAUCGCUAUUUUGGUGAAGUGCUGGGUUCGUGUAUCUUCCUCUUCGUCAAGCAUCCCUUUGACGUGGGCGACCGUGUGGAAAUCAGCGACAAGCCGUACUUUGUCGAGCGCAUCUCCUUGUUGUUCACCGUGUUGCCGGAACGUCAACGACCACCGCAUCACGCAGGUUCCGAACGUCGUCCUCAACACCCUAUGGAUUGACAACUUCACCCGUGCCAAUGCCAUGCAUGAGCGCCUCACCGUGCCCGUCAGCUUCGAGACUACCUUCUCCAACGUCCAACUUCUCCAAGAGGAGAUGGAGAGCUUCGUACGCGACAAGGACAACUGCCGCGACUUCCAACCAGAGGUCACCAUUGAUGUGGUGGGCCUGGGCGACAUGGACAAGAUGGAGCUGAGUGUCUUGAUUUGCCACAAAUCCAACUGGUCGAACGAAGCUGUCCGUGCUGCCCGUCGCUCGAAGUUCAUGUGCGCAUUGAUUUCUGCUGUGCGCAAGGUCCCUAUUCGCGCUCCAGGCGCCAGCGACGACGCCGAUGAUGACAAAACCGAGAAGGAUGACAAUAAGUCGGAUGCCGGACACGGAGACCAAACCCUACCCGUCCGCCAGGUCUCCAUCGCCAGCGAAGGCAUGCGACGGGCUAACACUACGGCUGGCGUCUCUUACACCGAAUCCCGCUCAACUGGCUUCGACCUCGGCAACUCCCCGCAGUCACUGCAGCGUCGUGGCAUGGGUGCCUCCAGCUCCUACAGUGAAGGCCUCACCGCAGAGCACGCAGCCCGGUCGCAGGACGGCUCCCGCGACGGUCAUGAAGUCGACCACUACCAGACGCCCGUGGGUUCUCCCGGUCAGGAGCGCCAACUCAACGUGACCUACGGACUCAUGACUCGCGAACCGUCAACGGGUCGUCGCAAGGAGGGCCGUAGCUCGUACGUCGAGCCUGAACCCGAGCCCCAGCCCGUGGUCGCCCCUCGAGGCGAUGUCCCGGUACUCUCGGAGCCAGUUCCUCCGCGUCAUCGCCUGGAGGCGCAGCCCACGCUGCCCCAGGUCGCAGUGCCCCAGCCUCUCGCGGGGGCCGCAGUGUCCCAGCCGCCUCAGCAGCCGCCCGAGUAUUACAACUACCCGGGACAGUACUACGACCCAUCGGAGGACCCAUACGACCCGAACCAGCCGUUCGAGCUUCCAUCGAUGCACGAGCAGACGCCAGACGGACGGGAGCACCCCUCGACGCACCUGACAGAAACCGAGCCAGGACGGUAUGUGCCACGACGGCCGUACGAGGGAGCGGGUAACCAGUAG